GCACGUUGCAACAUCACGUUGCAACAUCACGUUGUGUUGUUUAUGGGCCUACGAUAGAUUCAUUUAAUUAAAAAUAAUGUAAAGUUUUAAACUUGAAACAUGUUAUAAUAGUUUAACUACAUUCGUUAAAUUGAAAAUUCAUGAUCCUUGUAUUUACUUGAUUAUCAUAAUAGAAACGAGAUUUUUCAUUUGUACAUACUUCGAUAGUUAUUAAAUAAAACAUUUGUAUUUGAUUCAAAAAUCAAAAACGAGAGUUUUUAAAAGUUUAUACCAAACAAUCUUUGAAUUAAUUUUAUGUUUAAUAUUAUUAAUCAUAUAAUAUGGAUAUAAUAACAAAGAACAAUGAAUUUUUUCCCGAACAUUUUGUACUUUGUAAUUUUUAUGGCAAAGAUGAAUGUUUUUGUUGGAAUGAUGACAAAUUUGUCAUGUUUUCGUACAAACUAGAAAAAUCUACAUCUUCGUUACCAGUUUUGAUUGCACCAGGACAGAUAAAAGUUAUACAAUGUUUCUCCAAUAGAGUUUUCUUUACGUGUUCACCACAAGGCGUGUACAAACUUUCAAGAGAAGGAAGAUUCAGCGUAUUAAGUAAAAGUGCUAUAAGUAUCGGUUCCAUGUUUUAUGAGAUACUCAAGUCUAUGAAUGAUUGCUUGUAUUUGGAAAAUAAACAGAACAAGUCGAGCAAAUUGUUACUUCGUCUACCACCAACUUCGAAAGAGCUAGAAGAAUUAUGUACCCUUCCUUUGGACGCAAACAAUUCAGAAGAUGAUUUUAGAAGCAUAUUAUUAGAUGAAAAUAGCACCGUAGAUAAUUUAUGUUUGAUUGGUAAUGGUAAAAAGUUGUUUUCGUUAACCAAAGAAGUUAUCCGUAUAAUUUACAACUGUGAUAAUAAAAUAACAAAUAUUGUACCUGUACAAAAUGAUGAUAAGAUUCAUGGAUUGGUACUUAUUACAAAUACGGAUGCCGUUGUCCUCGUGUAUCCGAGAAAUAAUAUGUUACGCUAUAAAAAACUUUAUCUAGGAGUAGAUGUGAAAAGCCUUUGCGCAGGAAUUCAUUGCCAGCAUAAGGACAAAAUAUGGAUUAUUUAUUCUAACGGAUCCAAAUUGUAUUAUAUGACAAUGACACUUUCUACAGAGAUAUAUAGAAAAGUCAAAGUGGAAGAUAAAAAUUUUGUCUGCAUGCAAUAUUAUACAAAAGAUAAAGUCUUAGGUCUUACUAAUAAAAAAGAACUGCAUGAAUUAUCCACAAAUGUAAUAGAAGAUUUUCUAAAUGAAGAAACUUCCAAAGAUGAUUUUAUAGAUCUUCACAAAGACAUGUUAAAAGGUACGAAUUUAUUCGUUGAACGAAUUUAUGAAAAAUCGAAAGAAUUAGAAUCAUGCAAUAAAAUAUAUUCUAUUGAAAGAAAUAAAAUUCACAGGAUAAAUCUUUAUGCUUGUAAGAUGAAAGUACAAAUGAUUCCUAAAAUGACAGUGCGUAGAAUAGCAAAACAAUUGUUCCUUAAUAUUGAUUUUCCACAAAAUGUACCAAACAAUGUUUAUAUCAUAUGUUUUUUAGUAUCCAAUUAUGAAACAAUUUUCUCUAUCAAAGAAAUAACGAAUAACGAAACAUCGAUUGAUUUACCUUUAGAAACAACAAAACUAUUUAAUUCUUUACACAUCGGAAUGGAUUUAAUAACAAUGAUAAACAAAGAGCAACCAUGGUUUCUCAUAAAGGAUUUUGUAAAAGAUCCGGAAAAGAAAAAGAAGCUAAAAGAAAAGCAAAUGAAGAAAGAUAAGACGAAUUUUAUAAAUUCUAAAAUAAAUCUUAUAAGGAAUUUGAUAAUGUCAAAAAACCUAACUAUGAAGAAGUUAUCAGAAAUCAAAGAGAAGAUACGAAAAGAAAUGUCUGACUUUUAAUUCGCAAAUAU